GCUUGCCUGCUCGCUUGGGUUCCGACGUCGAUGGAUUGAUGAUUUCAUGGAUUCAUCAUCGAGAGGCGGGAGAUCGUCUAUUGAUUGCUGAGUUGUUGGGUUGCUGUUUUCGAUUUUUCCGAGAUUUUGCUGCAUUCGGGGGAAGUGCCGUUCCAGUGCGCUCUGUCGGAGCAAUUUUGUGGGGUUUUGCCGUUCUUUUUUCCUUUAAUUUGGCGGGGUUUGUGGGAGUUUCUGGGUGCGCCAUGUCUGUUCCUGCAUCGGAGGAUGCUUCCGCUGCGGCGAUUGAGCAGCUGUAUCGGUUCGGGGAGAGCCUGAACGAGUCCAAGGAUAAGUCGAAGAAUGAAGCAGAUUAUCUGGGAAUUAUUGCUGCGGCGAAAGGAAGCGCGAAGUCGAAGCAGCUAGCCGCACAGCUCAUCCCUCGAUUUUUCAAGCAUUUUCCUGAUCUCUCCUCGGACGCAAUCAAUGCACAGCUGGAUUUGUGCGAGGAAGAUGAGCUUGGGAUUCGGGUGCAGGCGAUUAGAGGAUUGCCGCUUUUAUGCAAAGACACACCACUGCACUUGCCGAAAAUUGCAGAUGUGUUGGGACAAUUACUUCUUGCAGAAGAGGUUUUGGAGCGUGAUGCUGCUUCAAAGGCGUUGAUGUCAGUGCUACGUCAGGAUACAAAAGGUUCAUUGACAGCUUUAUUCAAGCACAUUGAGAAUUCAGAUGAGAACCUUAGAGAUAAGGUUCUCACCUUUGUAAGAGAGAAAGUGUUUCCAAUCAAGAAGGAGCUUCUACAUCCUCAGGAGGAAAUGGAACGGCACAUAACAGAUCUCAUAAAAAAGAGAUUGCAACUGAGGCCAGUGGUGAUGCAGUGUCUUCAAGAUGUGACAGGAGCAGAGUUUAAGAUGUUCAUGGACUUUCUUAAGUGCCUGGCCCUUUUCGGUCCUAAUGCCCCAUCAGAACGUGUUCAAGAGCUAUUGGAAAUUGUUGAAGGUCAGGCUGAUUUGGAUGCUGUCUUCAAUAUAACUGAUACCGACCAUAUUGAUCGUCUGAUGUCGUGCUUGAAUAUGGCUCUUCCUUUCUAUGCUCGUGGAGCUUCUAAUAGCAAGUUUUUGAACUACAUCAACAAACACUUGCUUCCCGUCUUUGAACAGCUUCCAGAGGGCAAGAAAUUGGACUUGCUGAAGAAUCUAGCGGAGAGCUCACCUUACACUUCUGCUCAAGAUGCUCGGCAGCUUCUUCCAUCUAUACUACAACUUCUCAAGAAGUAUAUGCCUCGGAAGAAAGUAUCCGAAGAAUUGCAAUCUACUUAUGUGGAGUGUCUACUAUAUGCCUUUCAUGAAUUGGCCCACAAGACUCCCAAUACGACAAACAGCUUAUGUGGCUAUAAGAUUGUGACUGGUCAACCAUCAGACCGUUUAGGAGAGGAUUUUGCAGAGCUCUUUAAAGAUUUCAAUGAGAGAUUGACUGUAGUAGAGGAGCUGGCGAAGGCAGCCAACAAGAAAUUAACGCAGGGAAUGUCAGAACUUAACAAGGCAUUGUCGGCAGCAAAAACUGACACCGAAAAAGAAGAAGUGAAAGCAAAGAAGCUCAGUUCAAGCACGAAGCUGCGCUCAAACAAUAAUAUUGUAACUCUAGCUCAACCUUUACACCAGAAAGUUCCUUCUUUCUUUGGAAAAGAUAAAGUUAUACAUUUGUCUUGGAAGGAGAAAGAUUCCUCAAAGCCAGCUCCAACUUCGGCUCCAACACAUGCCGUUUCUGCAACACAACACAAUGGAGGGAAGAAGCGCCAAAAUCAAAACAACCAGAACAGUCAUAAUAACCAAAAUGGCGGUGCCGCUUCAGCUCCAAAGAGAGGUCGUGGAGAUGGAAUGACUAGUCAGCUAGUCAAUAGAGCACUUGCUGGGCUUGGGUCUUCUUCUAGGGGUGGUUUCGGCAGAGGCGGAGGAAGUGGGAGAGGAGGCAGGGGUGGCUGGCGUGGGGGCCGUGGUAAUCGCAAUAGAGAUUACUAGCUUUGAUUGAGGAAUCGUUUGGUUAGUUUACCAUGUAAUAUCAGAUCAUUACAAAUCAAGUGAUAUUACAUGGUGGGGAUGCCCAUGAGGCUCUACAUGUUUCAGCUGAUCAAGUUUUACUCUGAUUUAGUUGGUCGAGGAGAAAUAUCCCCUGAGCUCCUACUGCUCAGACAUUGCUAGGCCCAUGAAGCCUUUGUUUUACUGCUACUUGAAAAUGCGACCUCAAAUCCGGUUUCAUAAAAAUCAAAUGACCUUGUAAUCAAUUCUCAAAACAAGAAAUCGUUUGUAUUUAUUGGCA